AUGCAGAUACUCGAACAUCUACACAAGCACCCACAUAGAAGCGGUAUUUGUAUUGGAAGGCGCCGCGCAUCCAACGGGCCACCACACUCACCUCGUCCAUGUCCCUGCCGGCGGAGUGCCUGGUCCUCUCCGUGUCCAUGCCCUCGCUCAACUCGGAGCCCAAACGUCCCAAGAGUGCCGGUCCCAAGAAGAAGCCCGGCCAGGCCGUCCACACAAAGCCAUUCCGCCUUCCAAGGAGCUGCUCCACAUGUUGCACGAGACGUCACCCAAUCGAAGCACUCAGAGAUUUGCGCACAAGUUGAUAUCUAGGCACGCACUUCUAAAAAAAAAACAUACAUACGCAGAAUACAUUUUAUCAAACCGUUGAUUGUUUAGAACCGAAAAUCGAAACGUGGCAUUUACAACAAAAUAAACGACUAACUGAGAGGCAAAGUUAAGCACAAAA